AUAAAGCGCGCCAGGAUGGCCGCAGCGUUGGCCCACACGCGCGGGCGGAUGGCCGACAGCGACGCCCAGGAGAGCUGCUGGCCGCCCGGGGCCGCCGCCGCCUCUAGCCACGGCGGCGGUGACGGGGCACGGCUGUCCGGCGUGAGUAGGGAGAUCUACGACCGCCUGCGGGCCGCCGGCAACCACGAGGCGCUCUCCGACCCCUUCUUCGACCGCGUCCUCGAGGACCACUACGAGCGCCUCCCGUCCAGCUACUACGUCGACCUGGACGUGAACAAGGCGGAGGACGUGCUGCUGCACCGCCGGAUCCUCGCCGAGUGCGCCGACCCCGACAAUCGCCCCGUCUUCCACGCACGCUUCCUACGGUACCUUCAUGAGGACAAACUGCAGGAUGCUGAGUCUGCUCCGAAUGAAAACGGUGACUGUGGAGGCUCUCUGGCUUCCGAUUUGAGGAGGGAUACAGAAAUUCAGCUUCUUCAUGAAAUUAUAUUUUCUUCCGUUGACAAGCCAAAGCUCCUUUGUCAGCUAGCUACGUUGGUGUGCGAUCUUGGAUUUAACAUUUGUGAAGCACAUGUGUUCACAACAACAGAUGGAUUGUGUUUGGGCAUAUUUGUUGUUGAUGGCUGGGAAACAGAGGAGACAGAUGAUUUGCUGCAGCAGCUCAAGGAGACAGCAAAACGUAAUCCCUCGUUAUCUAAUCUAACAAGUUCAGCCUCGGAGAGAAUAUCAGAGCUGCAAGAAAAGAUUGGAGAAUCUGAAUUUGACAGGGAUCUGUUGCAGAUUGAAGAAAAGAUUGCGUCUGGAUCUUCUGGAGACUUAUAUCGAGGAACUUACCUUGGUGUGGAUAUUGCAAUAAAGUACCUUAGAACUGGACAUGCUAAUGAUGAUUCAAAAGUGGAGUUUUUGCAACAAAUAAUGAUUUUAAGGAGUGUUAAUCAUGAAAAUGUCAUUCGCUUUUAUGGGGCAUGCACAAAGCAUCGAAAGUAUCUUAUUGUAACAGAGUACAUGGCUGGAGGUAAUCUGUAUGACUUCCUUCACAAGCAAAAGAAUACCUUGAAGCUUUCGUUGAUUCUUAGGAUUGCUAUUGGCAUCUCGAAAGGGAUGGAUUAUUUGCACCAGAAUAACAUCAUCCAUAGAGAUUUGAAAUCUGCCAAUUUAUUACUUGGUGAUGGUCAAGUCGUGAAGAUUGCAGAUUUUGGUCUCUCGCAAGAGGGAGACAUGACUUCUGAAAAUUGCACCUAUAGAUGGAUGGCACCUGAGGUGAUAAACCAUAAGUCUUAUGAUCACAAGGCAGAUGUCUUCAGCUUUGCUAUUGUUCUAUGGGAGUUGGUCACUUCAAAGGUCCCAUAUGAAAACCUGACACCAUUGCAAGCGGCACUAUCAGUAAGGCAGGGACUUCGCUUGGUGAUUCCCUCGAGCGUGCAUCCGAGAUUGUCUAAAUUGAUUCAACGGUGUUGGGGUGAAAACCCCCAUACGCGACCCGUUUUCUCUGAGAUCACCGCAGAACUGGAAGAUAUCUUGCAGACUUUUCAGGCCGCCUCCAGCUCCAAAGGAAGCCAUCGACAUACCAAACAAAAGAUACAGAUGAAAUCACAGUGAUAGAAAGAAGGCGCCGACCCAAGUAGCUUAUUGUCGCGCGCAAACAGUGGGACAU